UUCUCCUGUCCCUGAUCUCACGGAUACAUCUAUAUUUGCAUGUGCAGACUCAUGCUUUAUCACUAUUAGUUUGCUCCAUUUAUUUCUUUAGUUUUCUGAUUUUAUAUAACUACAGGCAAAUAAAAUAGUCUAUCCACCUCAGAAAAAAAGACACCCAAUAAAAACCGCUCAACACCAGUUUGCUUCUGGAGCAGCUUUGUUGACAUAAUUGCUGCUUUGGGUAAAACCUUGUAAAAAUCUCACUUGUAAAACAUGCAAACAUAUACGGCUGCAACUAAUGAUUAUUUUCAUUAUCUUUUGGUGUGUAAUGGUGGAAAAUGCCCAUCAGAGCUUCUUCUGAGCUUCAUCUUUAAACAACUGUUAGUUUACUGUCAUAAAAAAAGGAAACAGGAAAUCAUCAUAUUUAACACAUUUGACAAAUGAAAAGUUUGUUCUUGGAGCAUCGAUUUAUCUUCUGAGGAUCAACUGACUUCAUUUUCAUCAGCAACCCAAAACUGAAUUGUUGUAAUUUUAUUUUGUUGAAUACCGUCAGGCCACUUAGUGAAUAACGUGUGAUAACCGUGAUGAAGGCUGAAAAAAAGUUUUCAAGUUAGGAGCUACAGCUCUGAGGCUUCAACUCACAAACACGCAUUAAGUUUACAACAAGUAGCGUGUUUAGUAUGACAACAUCCUGUAAGAAUGCAACUUUAGUCUGAUUUUUAACACUUCAAAUUUAAUAGUGAACAUGCCAAGACGAAAAAAGGCAGCUUCCGUAAUGCUCAGAGAGUUGAUAGUCAUCUCCCAGUCACACAACUGUUAAAAAAAGCAGGUGUUUUCUGGGUAAAAAUAACCACCUUUUGGAGCAGACAGUGUUUAAGAAAUCUCUAACAAGUCAUCAUAAAUGUAUGUUUAAAGCAACGCAGGUUGUCAUCUAUGAUUUUUACUGUUUUUUUUUUUAGCUGAGAUAUUUUGUUAGUUGGCAGCAUUUUCUCCACAGUUGCAGUUGUCCCAGCAGGUGAUGCUUUCCUUCCAGACUUAAUGGGGAGUUUCCAUUUGAAGUCUGUUCUCUUUAUGGCUUUGCUGCUAAAAGUCCAGGGGCUUUUUAUUCCUAAUUGGCGCCGAAGGCACCAUAUUAAACACUAUUAAAAAGGUAAAAGGGAGGUGGAGAAACAAGUAUUGGUCUCAAAGUUGUUGAGCUCCUAUUGGACAGGAGAUCAUGUUUGAGGGUGACUGACGCAGAGAUCUGUAUUUAACUCACUCGGCCCUGUUAGUGCGGUGAAGACAGCUUCCUGACACAGGUGAGUAAAAUGUGGUGUGAUGAUUUCUCUGACGUUCACAAUACUUGAUCAUCUAAACUACUAAUAGCAUUUUAUUCAGUUAACUGGUGUAAAUUCUUCUCUUGCAGCUGUGAUGUGUUGAAUUUCAUAGCGAUUGAAGUGUAUUUAAAACUGUAGUAGGAGAAUAAGUUCGCCUGGAGACAAGUUUACUUUACUACCUUUAACAAAUUUGUUUGUAAAUCUGUUAUAUAUUAAAAUCUUUGAGAAAAUUCCUCCAUUUUAGUAACAAAAUCCAAUGUAUAGAUGACCAAAAGGUUACCUGCAUACCUUUAAAUAUGUUUUUCUUUAUGGAUAUAAGUGUACAGAUAAACAUUUUAAAUUUAACAAUAGAAGUUAUCAACUAGGGAUGAUUUUAUGAUAACUGUCCUAUUUUCUUUCUAUCUUUUCUUUCUUCAUGAAACACUGCCUCUCUGGUCUGCAGGGGUUCAAGAUGAGUUCGAUGUUAUGGUUGGCGGGGACGCUGUGCUGUCUGACGUGGCUCCCAGGCCUUCUGAACGCCAAAUCGUUAUUGAAUGCCAUCAAACAGGAAGAGAUGGUCCCUGUCAGUGAUGUGAGUAUCGGCUCUGAGAGAGCAAAUGACUUCCUGACUCACUCCAGACCAAAGCGAAACGCUGUGGACCCCAGAUGGUACAGAGGCAACCCAGACUUCCAGUCUUACUACCGCUACUACAGCAGCAUCGGACACAUUGAGGGGCUGUAUGAGAUCGACAGGUUGCGGAUGCUCUACCAGCAGAUGAGGUACCUGGAGAACGCCUACGGCCCCAACGCUUCUUAUUUCCAGAGCAAACUGGGAGUGCCUAUGAUCAUGUGCGACCCGGCAACAGACAAGAAAUGCAAAGCUGCUCCUCCUCCACCUCCUAUGAAAGGCGUCCCGAAGCCCGCAGAGCCUCAAGCGACCCCUGCUCCUCUCCCAGCUCUCCCUCUUGCUCCUGGCAUCUCCCAGGCCGACGUGCUCUACCUGUGCAACAAAAAGGAUCCCCUCUGCAAGCCCCACAUCGUCUACCUGCCUAGCGGCGCUGUGCCUGUCCUCUGCGACCCCCGCUACCACCCCCAAUGCACCCCCCAGAAGGUCCCCCCGGCCCCAGUCGCAGUGCCCCAACCUCCUCCCCCUCCACCAAAGAAGUCUGCCCCACCUCCACCUCAACUGGUCCUCGUCAAGAAGUCUCCCCCGGCCCCCAUCCGCACCUUCAAGGGCAUGGAGUACGACUGUGACCCCUACUGGGACCCCGACUGCCUGAUUGACCACCCACCCAGGCCCAUCAAGGGGAAGAUCGUGGUCCCGCCACCGCCACCUCCUCCUGCUCCUGUGGAGGAGGAAGAGAAGGAGGAACCUGUGGAGGAGCCAGCACCCCCUGCUCCCAUCGAGAAGAAAGGCCCCUUCUUUCCCUACCCUUACUACAACCCCUCCCCCUACGACCCCAGGGAUGAUCUGUACGACCCCGUCCGCUUCCAGUACCCUCAGCCUGAUGCUGCUGCUGAUGAGCCUGCAGAGGACGCUGAGUAGGACCUCCAGGACGUGUGGGAGGAGAAGGGUUUCUCUUAAAACGAAACAGACUUUGAUUGAAAACAUCUAAGUAGCACAAUUCCACAUUUCGGGGAGUCGUUGAUCAAUCGUACUUGUACUUAAGCAUUGAUAAGUUACAGUGUUUGUUUAAACCUUAAACUGACAAAUGUAAAUGUAUUUUUUUGUUACUGUGCAGUUUCCUUUCAGCAUGUAAAAAGGCAAUUUUCAGUCAACACAAGCAUGUAAUGCAAAUGAUUUUGAAUAAUGAAAUAAUAAAAUGUCACAA